AUGAGGAGCAUUAGCAGCUCGAGCCGCUCCAUGAGCGUAAGCCGGAGCUUCAGCAACGACGUAAAACGUUCAACCUCCCAUUACAGCAAGAACAAAGCAGAAGAACCACGGCAGUACCCGGGCAGCUCCACGGAAUCAUCUCCGGAGCUGCGCGCGAGGCGCCGCCAAUCGGAUUCCCGGGGAUCCUCGUCACGUUCACGCUCGUAUUCUAAACCGAGAAGGCGAUAUGGUCGGGAUACAAGCGAGUUAAAAUCUAGAUCUAGAUCGAUACAACGAUACAGGAUACGCUCCCGUAGCCCAGUGCGAUCGCGAAGAAGGCGUGCGUCAAGCUCUUUAUCGUCGCAUUCGUACAGCUCAUCGCACAGCAGCAGGUCGCGCUCGCGUUUGCGCCGCAGACGCUCUACAUCGCGAACUAGACGCGCUAGACAUCACCGCAGAAGUCGGAGCAUUUCGGUGGAUUCGCGUUCCAAUUAUCGCCGCAGGUCGUCAACCAGCAGCAGCUACUCACCGCCCCGCCGGCGUGACCGGUACAAGCGUGCCGAUGACCCACGCGACUAUCGAAAAGUUGCUCGGGCUCCUACAAAAGCAUAUCGCAGCCGUCGUGAUGCGGAAGAUCGCGACAGAACGCGAAUGCGUCAACUGGUGGCGCGUGGUAAGGAGGCUCCCCUACGGCCGCUGAGGCCUUACUCGAGGAAAGGCGUUCAUCAAACUCGCCCAGAACUGCCGAAAAGGGUGAGUGUGGACAGGAAGGUCCAUACGCCGUUCCUACUGCGCAUAUACGCAUUCAUGGAUGAAGCCGCGGGAGGGCCAUGUGACCCCGAGGAGGAUCACGAAUCUCUCCAGCGGCGCAUAGAGUCAUCGGAUUCUAUAGAAAAAUUGGAGCUAUAUAUUUGGGCUGACAACACGCUGCGGGAUUUGGUCAACCUGGUGAAGGACCUGUGCGAGGCCGCCAGGCAAAAGGAAUGCACGUGGACCUUUUAUAGAAACAACCCCGCUCGUGACACGUUGGGUAAAAUUCACGCCUACAAAAUACGCCGUUCCACUGAUGCCAUCACGCUAAGCAGGGUGGGAUUUCGUGUGGGAGAUUCCCUGCUGCUUGCUUUUCGUGGUGUGGCGCCGCCGCCCGCGGAAGACACGCAAAUGGACGUCUAG